AAAUUCAAGAGAUGGACGAUAUACAGCAGAUUAUUGAAAGACCUGGACGACAUUCUAAUCAAUCAAGAGCACUUUCAAACUCCAGAAUUCAUUUUAAUGAUGCCUUUAAAGUCAAUAUCCCUAUUAACAACAUUACAGGAGUAGAAGACAGCUUGGCGCAGCCAAGCAAGGCUACUAACUUCUCUACCAAUAUAUCUCAAGAAGGAGGAACUCAUAGACUGCCAAAAAUAUAGCUAAAAAGGCCAAAAAUAACCAUCUAAGGAUAAAUUCUUUAGUAGGAGAGUCUACUAUGAACAAACUCAAUUCGAGUAAUAUAAGCCACCAUUCAAAUUCUACCAGACAUGCAAAGACUAGUGUGUCACCAUACCGGCAUAAUAUGAGUCGGAUGAAAAUGAAAUAAGAAUCGAAUGAAUCUUUCUUCUUACGGUAAAGCCCUUGCUCCCAUCAGGGUGCAGGACAGCGGGUCUCCACCCCCACUAAACUCCAGCAUGGAUGCUGGGAAAGCUGAUACAGGGAUGGUGAAGAUCAUCGAGACUUGGAUCAAUGAGACUCUGACUGAUGCAGAGCACAUGGAUAUCCCAGGAGUUUUGAUAAAGCCAGAACAUAAGAAUCCUAUCAGUAGGUAUGGCAUUGAUAAGCUUGCGCUUACCAACGCUGGCAUACCUGCUGAUAUGGUUGAUAGGAUCUUCAGAGGUUUGUUUGUCUACUCUACUGGUUUUUAUGAGAUCAUGAAUAAAGCACUGUGUCAUACCAAAGGCAAAUAUCGUGUGGUGACUAGUCUGUGGAAGGUCUAUGGUAUCCUACUAGAAUAUUGUUGAGCAAGUGACUACCGAAUGCUCAUCAACGAGAUUUCCAAACAGCACAUAGAAGACCUACAAAAGGUGGAAGAAAAGUACCAAGACAUAAUCUCCGUUGGUGCAGCAGACAAAAAGAUUCUGACCGAAAACAUAGAUACUCUCCAAAAGUAUGUCACUAAGCUCGAGCGUGAUCUCCAAAGUGAGAAAUCAACUAGACAAAAACUUGAGGAAGAGUUUAAUCAAAACACCAAAAAUCAUGAAGAAGAGGUCCAGCUUCGGCUAAAAUUUGAAUCAAAGCUUAACAACAUGCAUUCGAUUCAUCGGGAUGUAGAAACGAAAUAUAGGCGGUCCCUAGAAGAAAUCCAGGAACUUACAAAUGACAAAGAGAUAUACCAGAAACGUGCGAAGAAAUUUCAAAGCGACUAUUUAGACACCAAAAGAAUCAAGGAAGAAAAAGAGGCUGAAAUUGAGUUCAAAAAUGAGAAGAUUGAACUACUGAAGAAGGAAAACAAGAUCAUGAAGGAGCAGAUCAAGAACCUUGAAGAGAAGAUCGUCUCACUCCAGAAGAACGUUGAGUUCAAGCUAAACAUUGAGUACAUCCAAAGCGAAGCGAACAAACUUGACUUCAGCAAGUACGAGCCAGAGAAGAAGGAGAAUAUUUAUGAAAACAAGUUCAACCAAUUGGAGGAGAGGUAUGCCAAGACGGUCGAAGAACUCCAGAAGUACAAACGUGAAAGUCUGGGCUACGAAGAAAUCAUCAGAGAGAAGGAAGAGCGAUUCGCUCGAAUAAAAUCCUCAUUGGACGAACUUCAGAAUAACUAUAGAAUUCUUGACAAACAGUAUUCCAUCCUCAAGCUAGACCAUGAACGUCUGACUGAAGUAUCCACCGAUCAAAGAGCUGAGCUGGAUUCUACAAUUGAGAAGCUAAAGAUCACUAACAAAGUGAGAAACGAGAACGAGAUCAAACUCUCUGAGAGUCGUGACAGAGAGAAAGAAAUCAAGAACUUCCUAAAUGAAAAGGAAGAACGCCUACAGAAGUACCUAGCUGAGAUUCAAAAGUUGGAAAAAUAAUGUCUUCACCAUUCGAAAGGAAAAGGAAACAAUCGAGAGUGAGAAAGCUAGCGAGGGAAAACAUUUCGAGAUCCAGAAGCGUCAAUAUAUUGAGAAAAUUACCAACCUGAACGAAAUAAUCACUAGUGAGAGGGAAUCUCGUGAGAAAUGGGUCGAAAGAUUCAAUAAGGAACAAAAUUCGCAUAAUGAGAGCAAGAAUGAGAACUUAAAGUGUCGCAAUCAAAUCAAAGAUCUUGAAGUCGAAAUCCAGAAUAUACACAUUAAAAAUGAGAGCGAAGAGAGAUUAAAGAAGCAAUUUGAAGAAAGCAAUAAUUCACUACACAAGAAAUGUUCUGACAUAGUUGCAGCAAACGAAAAUGCUGAAAGAGAAGUGAAUACCAUGAAGAUCUUACUCAAGAACAUGGAGGAAGCUAAGCUCAGUGACCUCAAGAAGUACAAAAACGAUCUUUUCAAAAUUGAAACUCUGAAGGAAAAUAUGAGAAUGGAAGUUGAAGACAUGCAUUCGCGAUCAGCCGAAGUCUAUCGAAUCUACAGAGAGCUGCUUGAGAAAUAUGAAAAAUUGAUGAAGGAGAAUCAAGACAAUAAGCAAGAAAUUCAGAAAUCUAUCGAUGCCCACAAGGAGAUUGAGAAGGAAAAAGACACCAUCCUACAAGAUCUGGAAUGAACUCAAUGCAUCCUUGAUGAAUACUCUGAACUUUAUGAUAUGGUCAAAAAGCAGGAAGUCGAUUCUGAGAAGCAAAAACUUGAGAUGAACAAGCACAUCCGCAAGCUUGAAAGAGAUUCUAAGAAGAAAGACCUUCGAUUGAAAGAAAUGAAUGAUCUGAAGGAAAAGCUACGGAUUAAUGAGCACAAACUUGAAGAGUUCAAGGAUCUUAAUAACAAGAUAUUCUCUGACAUUGGAUGCCAGACAACCUUCGAAAAGAAACAGCAGGAUGAUGCUCAUGUUCAAACUGACAUGAAUCUAACAAAGUUGGCUAAUUUAGAGAAGAGAUUGCUAAAAGCCAAGAUAGAUGCUUCCAAGUUUCAGAAAAUCAUAAAGAACAGGACCAUGAUUGAGAAGAGCUCAACGAAAUCACCUGGUAGAUCUAAUAUUUCACCAGAGAGAUCCCAGAUGGAAGAAAGUGCCUUUGACAAUAAAGAAGAUUUUGGAGAAAAUAAUGAGGAAAUCGAACUAGAAAAAGGUGUGACUGAUUAUGAAGGCAGUCCGAAAAAGGCUGAGCGCACUGAGAGAACUCAGGAUAACCAAUCCUUAACUCAGAAAAUCGAGACCCCUAAAAGCUCAGUCAAGAAGCAAGAAGUGCCUAUUACGAGUAACUUUGCUAAAGAGAUGCCCCAGAAAAAGAAAUCUCAAGAGAAGAAGCUUACUAGAGAGGAAGAGUUUAUUAAAAAGAAGAGAUUGGUGAAGAAGCAGAAUAGAGCUCCAAAUGCGUAUGAAUCAUUGGACCAGUACCAGAAAAGAUACACUAAAGAAGUUGUGGAUAGAUCUGUCUCUACGCCUAAUAAAAUGCAAGCAGAACCAAUAGAAGAGACCAAGAAGGAAGGGAAUAAUAGUUUAGAUAAUAAUGCGAAGGAAGAAAUUAAGGAGAGUCUGAAGUCCCUUGAAGAUCAGACCAGGAAUUUGAAAGAUAAAAGGAAGGAGAAUUCUCAACCAAGACAAACGAUUGAGCUCAAUCUUGACAAGGGCAUGAAAGAAAUCUUGGAAAAUACUGAGAGUAAUGUGAUUAAAGAUGGUGGAAAUUACUCAAACUCUAAUCUUCCGGACUAUCACGAGGAUUCAACUAUAAAGGAAAGAGAUUUUGAGAAUAAAUCGAAUCGCUUAAUAGAAUCAGGUUCUGUAGGUGCUAUGGACCAUGAAAUAACCAGGUAUAAUCAUCGAAGAGUAAUGUCAAGAGAGGGUUCCCCAGAUGACAUCGGUCAAAUCCUUCGAAAUAACUACCCUAUCCAUCGUAGAGAAAUUCAGAGGGAAGGUUCUUCAUCCCAGAGCCGUUUCUACCAAGGCAAGGGGAACAUUCAAAUCAAGGGUAAAUCCACGAUCAAAAACUUAAUAAGAGUGGCUGCCACAAGAAAAUAA